AUGUCUCUACAAAAUUCUUCUUUAAAUGACUUGGCAAAUUUAUUGAUUCAAAAGAUAGAUCGAUCUCUUAUUUUUCCACCUACUUUGAAUAAACCGGAAGAGUUACUUAACCCAUCAAGAAAACGAAAUGGUACUAACAGACCUCCUCGCCCACCAAAUGGUUUCUUGAUAUGUCGUAAAAAUGUUCACAAUCAAGCAAAGAAAAGAGGAAUAUGCAAUAUGAGAGUGAUCAGUAAAGUUACGGGAAUGUUGUGGAGACAAGCGUCGCAAGAUGAAAAAGAACAGUAUGAAAAAUUAGCCGCAAGGGUUGUAAAUUUACACACUCAUCGAUACCCAGGAUUUAAAUACCGUCCAUCUUCUAAAGGUGAUAGCAAAAUUGAACUAUAUCAACCCUACGUUUUUUCCAUAUCUGAGGAAGUUACAAAAUUAACUCAAUCGGAAAAAAAACAACCAAAACAUGAUACGGCUACAUCUAUAUCACCGGCAUUAUCUAAUAACGAAAUACCUUUAACACCAGAGGAAAUUGAUGAGAUAGUUAUUAAUGUAGAUUAUCGUGUAACUGCCAGAAUUGAAGUCAAGUAA